GCGUCUCACCAUGGCGACGGCGCGGGCCCCGCGGCGCUUCUGCCGCUGCGCCUGCUUCUGCUCGGAGAACUUGUACGUGGCGCGCUACGGGCUGCACCUGCGCUUCCAGGGCGAGCAGCAGCUGCGCCAGGACUACGGCCCUAUCCUCCGCAGCCGAGGCUGUGUCAGCGCCAAGGACUUCCAGCAGCUCUUGGCCGAGCUUAAGCAGGAGGUGGAGCGGCGGCGGAGGCUGGGGCAGGAGUCAGCUGCCAGGAAAGCCCUCAUUGCCAGUUCCUACCACCCAGCACGGCCUGAGGUCUACAACUCACUGCAGGAUGCAGCUCUGGCUCCUGAGUUUCUGUCCAUCACUGAGUACAGUGCAUCCCCAGGUGCAGACCUCCAGGGCCUUCUCCAGCGACUGCAGACGGUGUCAGAGGAGAAGCGCAUCUACCGGGUGCCUGUAUUUACGGCGCCUUUCUGCCAAGCCCUGCUGGAGGAGCUGGAGCACUUUGAGCGGUCAGACAUGCCCAAGGGGAGGCCCAACACCAUGAACAACUAUGGGGUGCUGCUGCAUGAGUUAGGCCUGGAUGAGCCACUGGUGACACCACUGCGGGAGCGUUUCCUGCAGCCACUGAUGGCCCUUCUGUACCCAGACUGUGGUGGGGGCCGGCUUGACAGCCACCGUGCCUUUGUGGUCAAAUAUGCACCAGGCCAGGACCGUGAGCUGGGCUGCCACUAUGAUAAUGCUGAGCUCACUCUCAAUGUGGCCCUGGGCAAGGCCUUCACAGGGGGUGCCCUGUACUUUGGAGGCCUCUUCCAGGCACCAGCAGCCCUGACAGAGCCCCUGGAGGUGGAGCAUGUGGUGGGCCAGGGUGUCUUGCACCGGGGUGGACAGCUGCAUGGGGCCCGGCCACUAGGCACCGGUGAGCGCUGGAACCUUGUGGUCUGGUUCCGGGCCUCUGCUGUGCGCAACCGUCUCUGUCCCAUGUGCUGCCGUGAGCCAGACCUGGUGGACGACGACGGAUUUGGCGAUGGCUUCACCCGGGAGGAGCCCCCCACGGUGGAUGUGUGUGCGCUAACUUGAGCCCAGUUUGGCCCAGUGGUGGUGGUGGGGCGAUGGUGUGGCAAGUGAGGACCUGCCAUCUUGGGAUGGGAGUGGCAGAAAUAAACUUGCAACCAUGGUACUCCUUGGAUCAGAAGGACAGGCCAGCAUCUGGUUUAUUCUUUCCACAGGUAGGCUGGCUUAGUGCAGGUUUGCUGGAAGCAGAGCCUGAGACGGGAUUCACAGAGGGAGGAUCCUCAGAGGGGAAUAGGGAACCAGGAGAGGGCACUGAAAGUGGCUCCACAAAGAUGUGGCUUCAAGUGACAGUCUAGCAUCAGCCUGCUCCCUGGGGAACUCCAGAGCUAGAUGCCCUGCCAUUUGGCUCCUAGUAACAGUGAGUGGCUCCUGUGGAGCUGGGGAAGCAGGAGUAACUUCCCAGAUACUGGCUGGCUCCCAGUGGCUGCAGGAGAUCUCCUGUGAAGAGUUACAUUGGUGGACACAGCCGUGGAGUUCGGUGGGCCACCAGUAGCGACCUCUGAAUGGGUGUGGAGGGCUUACUGUGGAGGAAUCAAGAGCAGGGACUGGAGCCAGACUACCUGGAUUCAAAUCCUGGCUCUGCCACUUCCCACUGUGUGGCCACAGGUGACCCACUUCCCACUGUGUGGCCACAGGUGACCCACUGACCUCUGCUGUAGGUGUGAUUGUGAGAAUCCAAUGACCUGACAUAUAAAGUGAUUUAUAUCAGCCCUCUGCUGUGUUCGUCAUUUUUACAGAAGAACUUACAACUGGGUGGCCUGAAGAUAGAUGGGGUACAUACACACAGCUGUGCUUUUGGGGGGCUACACAUCUGAAAGCCAGGGUUUUUCCAUAUUGUAAUCUUUUCUAGUUGUUGAUGGAGCUUGUAUUUUAUUCAUUUAUUUAUUUGCGGUGUUGAGAAUAGCGCCCAGUUCCUCUCACAUACUAGGCAAAGGCUCCACCACUGAGCCACAACCCCAGCCCCUCCAUAUUGAAAUCUUGAGUUUUAGCUUCCUUGGGAAGGAGGGAAGACGUGGAAAUACCCAGCCUCGUUCCCAUACUGCAAAAGCCAACUGGAGCAGGUCUCAGCUGCAAACUCUGGACAGGCCUGUGGUUCACUCUCAAGUGACACAUUUUGGACGCGAGUUUGCGACCUCUGUAUUACUGGGUACGUCAGAAAGACAGGGAUGUCUCUGCCGGAGCUAACGGUCCGGUGGGGCGGACAGGUCGGCACGCCAGCCAGGGAGGGAAGCGGCGCGCGGAAGGUCCGGCAUCGGGCAGCAGUCUAGGAAGACGGUGGGCUGCAGCGGAGCCCGGCGAGAGGGGCCUGGCGCCGAGGCUGGC